AUGUUUAAAAACACUUACCAAUCCGGCUUCCUUUCCAUCCUCUACUCCAUCGGAAGCAAACCGCUGCAAAUCUGGGACAAGGAGUACAUUCACCCCCAUUCAGUUCAUAACGGACACAUCAAGCGCAUCACAGACCAGGACAUCCAAUCCUCAGUCCUCGAGAUCAUGGGCACCAACGUCACCACAGCCUUCAUCACCUGCCCGCAAAACGAAAGCGAGACCCUGGGCAUCAAAUUGCCCUUCUUAGUAAUGAUCAUCAAGAAUGUACAUGUCACGAUUCAGCUGAAAAAAUACUUCACCUUUGAGGUGCAAGUGCUCGAUGACAAGAACGUAAGGAGGCGCUUCAGAGCCUCUAACUACCAAUCGACGACGCGAGUGAAGCCCUUCAUCUGUACCAUGCCGAUGCGUCUGGACGAGGGGUGGAAUCAGAUCCAGUUCAAUCUUUCAGAUUUCACACGCAGGGCCUACGGAAGCAACUACAUAGAAACGCUGAGAGUAACCAUCCACGCAAACUGCCGCAUCCGCAGGAUCUACUUCUCAGACAGGCUCUACUCCGAGGAGGAACUGCCGCCAGAGUUCAAGCUCUUCCUGCCCAUCCAGAAACAACAGUGA